AUGGCUAUCUGUCAGUUCUUCCUUCAGGGCCGCUGCCGCUUCGGCGAGAGGUGCUGGAACGAGCAUCCCCGCGGCGGCGGCGGCGGCGGCGGGCGCUACGGGCCCUCCGCACCCCACUACCAAGGUACUAGCAGAGGAGGAGGAGGAGGAUGGGGUACCGCUAACCAGAGAUACACUAAUGUUAUCCAGCCAUCUACCUUUAAGUCUAAUACAUGGGGUGGCAGCAGAGAUCACGGAAGAGGAUUUUUUGGCUCCUCUGAUUUUGGAUCAUCAGGCGGCGGCAGCAGCAGAAAUGCAGACUUUUCGCAGAACAGAUUCUCUGCACUAGUGAACAGUCAAAAUAUUGCUGAUGGCUAUAAAGAUGAAGAGGAGAGACUUCUCGACUGUGUAGCGAAAGACAUGGAAAUUUGGGAAUCUUCAGGACAAUGGAUAUUUUCGUCUUAUUCACCGAUGAAAGAAAAGCCGAAUGUCUCAGGCUUUCCAGAUUUCUCGCCAGAAGAGUUGCGUCUGGAGUAUUAUAACUGCAGAGCAAACAAUAACAUUCAGAACUAUAUAAAUUCUGUCGAACAGUUAGCGAAACAAUGGAAAAAUCGGCUGCUUCAGUUGAAAGCUUUAAAUGCAUCGACAAAAGCAGCUUUGCUAUCUGAAUUAAAGAACACGGUCACUCAACCAGUGCCUUCCUUUGGAUUUGGAGGACAGCAAACAUCAAGCUUUGGGUCGUCAAGCUUUCCUGUGAACAGCAGCAGUAACAGUGCUAGCAGUUUCUCCUUUAAAACAAGUUCCAGUCUCAUCAGUGCAUCAUCUGGAAACACCCCUGCUUUUGGGAGCUCUUCUGCUGCUUGUAAUCCUCCUGCAUUUGGUGUGACGUCCUCUCCUAGCGUAUCCCAUUCUGUUGGUUUUGGCAGCCCAGCGGCUCCAUCUGCAGCCUCCUUCUCAUUUAAAACUUCUGAAACGACUAGUGGUUUUGGAACUUCUGGGUUUUCAGGGUUUGGCAAUUCUUCUGCUGUGAACUCUUCAAGCACCACUCCGCUUACAGCCUUUGGAGCUUUUAGUGCAGCAGUAGCAGCUUCUCCCUCACAUUCAAGCAGUACUUUAUUUGGACAGACUGCCAGCGCCUCUGGACAUAGCAUAACAUCAGCAUCUUCUACAGUCACAAACAAUACUACAUCAGAAAAGUUGUUUACACCAAAGAGUGAAUUAUCAAGUGAGGAGUUGAAACAAUUUGAAGCAAAAAAGUUUACGAUGGGAAAGAUUCCUCUUAAGCCACCACCAUUAGAACUUUUAAAUGUUUAGGACUUUUAAGUUUAUUCUGAAAUAACAUGUUUUUGUAACUUCUGAUACCUCAACUACACAAUUGUGUGGUUGAGUGAUGAAAUAUAAUGCUUCCAUUUGAGUUAAUUUUCAUUUCAUCUCUAAGUCUUCUGCAAUAAUAAACUCACGGGUAUAAACCUUUGAACAUUGUAUUUUAUCAUUUCUUGGUUAUUUUGGAAUGGACCUUUUACGUCCAAGAAAUGAACUCAUGAAAAUAAAAUUUUAAGUUCCCUUUUAUAUUCUGUACUGUGAAAAACUAUAUUAAAAAGGCUUUGUCAAAAGUAAGAAUGCUUUGGUGAUGUAUUCACAGCCUACUGUGAGUAGAA